AUGGCUGCUGACUCUCUUCCCCCUCAUUUGCGAAAGCUACUUCACGGGCUCUCCCUGGAUGAGUUCUGCUGCUUCCAUCGCGCCGACAGGCGGGUCUACUCUCGCCUAGUCGUCAACCUCAACCGGGACCUGAAUCAGUCCGUGCAAGUGAUGGCGCUCUUGAUGUGGCUGGAGAGGGCGGGCCGCGACCAGACCCUCGUCACCACCGUCUUGAAAUGGCCCGACAGCGUGCUCAACGCGCUGGCCGAUGAAGCUGUCGAGUGCCUGAUUUGCAUGCAGAGGGAUGAAUUCCCACCCUCGUCGAGGACCAGCGAGAUGUGCUUCACGCGGAACCUGACUAACCGUGAAAUCGGACUCGGAUUCUUUCAUAAGCACCGCGUCGUGAUUCUUCAGGGAAUGAACAAGGUCAUCAAUGAUGUUUGCGUAUUGGCGUUUUUCGACAUAAUGCAAAAAAUCGCGCAAAAUAAGGCUAGGACAAGUAAUGCCAAUGCCAAGAGCAGUAACUUUGCAAACCCAAGUGAGCAAGGUUACGGCGAUCAAUCUGUAUAUCUGAUACCGCCAGUUCCAUACCAAGGCAUGGGGGUCGGACCACCGAACGUACCAUCAUCAUUCAUCCCGCUCUUCAAAAAUGGAGGGUUUCUAGAUCUGCUGUUCAGCGAAAAUUAUGAACAAGAGGCGAAAAUCUGGGACGACGAUUGCUUCCUUGUCAAGCCGAGCGAUUCCGCAAUCCAAGACAACAUCGAAAUGCCACCUGAUGAGCGGACCAUAUUCUUGACGUUCUCGAAGGGAUAUCCUAUUCCGGAAAGUGAAGUUCGAGACUAUUUCACUAGGCGGUUUGGAAACUUCAUCGAGGAGCUGCACAUGCAAGAGGUGCCGCCGGAGGAACAAGCCUUGUAUGCCCGUCUCGUGGUCCGUCCCGCUUCGGUCAUAGACUCAAUACUCGGCAGCAAGAGCAAGGCGAAAUUCACCAUCAACGGGAAGCAUGUAUGGGCGCGCAGAUACGUGAGGAAGAACGUCAAGCAGCCGUUGCUGAUUGCGCGCGAAGUUCCGUCGCCUCCAACACAACCAUGA